UCGCCGGGGUUAAAAAGCGGCGGGCGGCGCACCGGGGCCACAGUGUGGGGGUGUGUUUGAACGAGAGAGACAGAAAAGUUAGCGGAGGAUUUUUUUCUGGCUUCUGACCCACAAGCAGCAUCCGUUCGAGAAGCAUCAUGGCCAACAAAGCACAGCAGCCUCCUCACCUACACCUGGCCGAGGUCACCGCGUCCCAGUUCCUCGACAUUUGGAAACAUUUCGACGCUGACGGUAAUGGCUACAUCGAGGGGAAGGAGCUGGAGAGCUUCUUCAGGGAGUUGGAGAUGGCCCGGAGAGGAGCAGGGGUGGACCCUUCAAACCCCACAUUCAGAGAAAAGAUGAAGGAGUUCAUGCAGAAGUUCGACAAGAACAAAGACGGACGAAUUGAGAUGUCAGAGCUGGCCCAGAUUCUCCCAACAGAAGAGAACUUCCUGCUCUGCUUCAGAGAGUUUGUCAGCUCCAGUGCUGAGUUUAUGGCGGUAAGUGAGUGUCUCUGAGUCUGUGUGAACGGGCCGGUAUAUAUUUUUUUGUUCCCUCUUCCCUCUCAUUUGAACGGUUCUUUGCAAUGCUUUUUUUACAAAGGCUUUUUGUUCACUGAGAAAUGCCAUUAGUCAGGACACGCUUACUUUAACCAACUAUACAUUAUAGA